AUGUAUGUUUGUAAAAUUCGACCUUUUUCAUCAAGAUCAUUAUUCACUAGAGUUCUUUAUUCUACCACUUCUACCACCAACACCGCUAACUCUUCUAAUAAUAAAAGUAACGAACAAAGCACGAAGAAUAAAUCCAACAAAAAACCCAACACUGAUACCAAACCUUACAAUAGAACAGAACAAAGUGUUUCUGGGACCACAAAUCAAAUUGCAAAUACCGAAACUGCCUAUGAUAGGGACAAUGUGCAACCUGAAGAAGAAAUCGAAAAAAUGAAAAAACAUAAUAAAAAGGAUGCGCUGGAGUGGAGCGCCGCCAACAAACAAGCGCUUUGCCCAUCUCUCGUGGCAUUCGAUAUAUUUAACGAAAAAACCGAAAAAGAACUUAUGGCUUCCUACGUAAAAGAGAAACUUGGGUUUCUAUUAACGAAAAGAUUUUUACUUAUAACAAUUCUUGGCCAGUUUCUUGCAUUUUGUAUUACUACUACUAUUGUGACAAGCACAAAAUUGUUACAAGAAAAUGCAUCCUUCCCUGUAACGCAAUCCGCUCUAACGUACUUUACUCUAUUUCUCAUCUACACGCCUAUAACCAUAAAACAACUUGGGUGGCGUGGAUAUGUUGAAAUGAUAAAAAAUAAUGGUUUAAAAUACAUCGUAUUGUCGAUUAUUGAUGUCGAGGGAAAUUAUUUCGUUGUAUUGGCUUAUAAUUAUACCUCACCAUUGUCCAUUACGUUACUUGAUGCAUGGGCCAUAUUCGUGGUGGUUAUCUUGGCAAUAGUAUUUUUAAAAGUAAAAUAUCACUGGAGUCAAUAUUUGGGGGUUUUUAUAUGUCUUGUGGGUAUCGCCUUAGUGUUCGGCGGUGAUUUUAUGUCUGGAAAUAAGGGUGACUUUAGUCAAGCUACUAGUCCCGUAAGAGGCGACUUCCUAUGUUUGAUCGGCGCGACGUUCUAUGGUCUAUCAAAUACAUUUGAAGAAUAUUAUGUAAGAAAGAGGCCGUUUUACGAAGUGGUCGGUCAAAUGGGACUCUGGGGUACAAUUAUUAGUGUGCUUCAAUUAACUGCGCUCGAAAUUGACGCAUUGGAAGCUACACCUUGGAAUGGGGCGAUAGCCGGGUACCUUAUUGCAUAUAAUUUUGCAAUGGUCUGUUUAUACACUCUUGCCCCUAUCCUAUUCCGAAUGGCUUCCGCGACGUACUUCAAUCUUGCAUUAUUAGCCAGUGACUUUUAUACUUUACUAUUCAGUUUAUAUAUACUUGAUUAUAAGAUGACAAGCCUCUAUCCAGCUGCAUUUGUGUGCACUAUCGUAGGUCUGAUAACCUACUACAUUUACCCCUCGGAACCCCCGAAAGUCGAACAACAAGAAGAUUUCACAAAAGAGAAUUAUACAAGAGAUAUUGAAAACAAUGAUCGCGUUCUGGUUACAAAUCACGAUGCCGUUCUGGAUACAAAUAACGAAGCCGUUCUGAGGGAAGAGAAAAAUUCGGAAAGUAUCGAAAUUGUUACAUGA